AUGGACGCACGCCUCCUCUCGCUCCCCUGCUUGCGCGCGACGCCCAGCAAGGCCCCCGCCGCCUCGCCCACGCCCCAUGCCGGGCCCGCUCGCCGCUGCGCCCCCGGCCGGCUCCCUCACUCGGCGUCCACGCCUCGCCUGGCCGCCUCCUCCCGGACUCGCUCCCCCGCACGUUGGAUCCUCCGCUUCGGCUCCCACACGCACCGGGUCCUCCUCGCGGCCGUCUUCUCCAACCUGGCCGACUUCAGCGCCCGCCGGCAUCAGCCAGCUGCCGGCUCCCCGCGCCGGGUCGCUGCGCCCGGCUCCCGCCCCGCGGCCAGCUUCACCCACACCUGGCCGCCGGGUUACCGGUGCCCCCGCCUCCGGCUUCAUCCCGCUCCGGCCCCAACCCUCCUCCCCGCGCGAGCCCCGCCGCCCCGCGCUGGUGUACGCCUCGCCGCUGCCGCCUUCCGCGCUGGCUCCACCUACCAGCUCCUGCGUCCUUCCCGGCCGGCUGCCACGCGCUCGCCGUCUCCGGCACGCCUGCCGGCCCCUGCGUCCUUCCAGGCCGCGCCCCGGACACCAGCUCUGUCCCGCCAGCCGCGUCCGCCUCGCCUCUGCCGUGUCCGGUUCCCGCCCCGGCCGGCUCCUGCGCGCUCGCCGGCUGGCGCCCGCGACCCGGCCUCCGCGCCGUCUCCGUCCCGUGGCCACGCAUCCCGCCGCCUCGCCCAUCCACGGCUCCGACGAGCUGGCCGACUUCCCCGAGCCCGCGCCCAGCUCUCCUCCCCGCGCACCCCUCCACCGAGCGCCGCCCGACCUCCUCUGUGUUGCUCCGCCCUCGCGUACACGGCACACGCCGACUUGCCGCCCCGGGCGCCGGCUCCGCCCGCCACCCGGUCGGCCGGCUUCCACCCGCUUCCCGGUCGGCUGGCUUCUGCCCGCCUCCCGGCCUCUCGAGCUCCAUGCCGGGUCGUCGCACCUCCGGCCGCCUUCCCGCGCCGCGCCGCUGGCCUCCAGAGCCCCUGCCGGGUUGCCGCGCCUUCGGCCGCAUCCGUCGCGCCUGCCGGGUGCACCCCGCCGGGCCGGCUCCGCCCUGGACCACGCCUUCGUCCGGCUCACUACGACGCGCUAGGUCCGACUCCCGCGCGCCUCCAACGACCCUCGCGCGCGCUGGCUCCCCUUGCUCCGCUUCGGCCGGGUUCCCCAGGAAGAAAGAGAUAG